AUGCCCAGCAGAACCACCCGCUAUGCUCGCUACAGUCCCCGGCAGCGGCGAAGGCGGCUGUUGGCUGAUCGUAGUGUGCAUUUUCCCAAUGAUGUCCUGUUCUUGGACCACAUCCGCCAAGGUGACUUGGAGCAGGUGGGGCGCUUUAUCAGGGCUCGGAAAGUGUCCCUGGACACCAUUCAUCCUUCAGGUCUGGCUGCUCUGCAUGAAGCUGUGCUUUCUGGAAACCUGGAGUGUGUGAAGUUGCUGGUUAAAUACGGGGCUGACAUUCACCAACGUGAUGAGACAGGAUGGACACCUUUGCACAUCGCCUGCAGUGAUGGGUAUCCCGACAUAGCCAGAUACCUCAUCUCCCUGGGGGCCGACCGCGAUGCAGCUAACGAUGACGGUGACCUGCCCUCCGACCUCAUUGACCCAGACUUCAAGGACCUGGUGGAGCUCUUCAAAGGAACCAGCAUGGACUGA